GGUGCUCCUCGUAAUGGGCGGAGUUUCGCGGGGGGCGGCACUCCUCGUAGGUGGGCGGGGUCUCGCGGGGGCUGCCCUUCUCUUAGAUGGGCGGGGUUUCGCGGAUUGACGGGGUCUCGUCGCAGUCCUGUGCGCACGCGCCAGCUGGCUGUCACCUGGGGCUUUUCUCACCGGUUUCCGCCCCCGGCUCUGAGUGGCCGCCCUGCGGAGACGCUGGUCGGCUCUGGGCAAGUACUUACCCACCUGCGGGUUACCUGUUCUCAGCUCUUCAAAAAGGAUCAUAGAUACUUUCUGUUUUAGCACACGGCCUCCUAGGUUUUAUCAACAAGGUCCCGGGGAAGCAUUCUUGCCCUGAAAGCAAUUUGAAAACGGAGGAAUGAAGCGAAAGUGCUGCAGUCACCCCAAGAUAUGCCCCUCUUCAGCCAUGUAUACGUCAGUACUCGCUGCCGUAUUCAUUGCUUUAAGUUCCAGUCGCAUCUUACUGGUAAAAUACUCCACCAAUGAAGACAGCAAGUAUGAUUACCUUCCAACUACUGUGAAUGUGUGCUCAGAACUGGUGAAGCUGGUUUUGUGUAUAUUCAUCUCAUUCUGUUUCAUAAGAAAAGAAGAUCAUCAAAGUAGAAAUUCAAGAUGUGCUUCCUGGAAGGAAUUCUUUAAUUUUAUGAAGUGGUCCAUUCCUGCCUUUCUUUAUUUCGUGGAUAACUUGAUUGUCUUCUAUAUUCUGUCCUAUCUUCAGCCUGCCAUGGCUGUUUUGUUCUCAAAUUUUAGCAUUAUAACAACAGCUCUUCUGUUCAGGAUAGUGCUGAAGCGACAUCUCAACUUAAUACAGUGGUCUUCCCUUCUGAUUCUAUUUUUGUCUAUCGUGGCCUUGACCACUGGGACCAAAACUCACCAUAACCCAGCAGGCCAUGGAUUUCAUCAUGACGCCUUCUUCAGCCCAUCCAAUUCCUGCCUUCAUUUCAUAAGUGAGUGUCCCGGAAAAGACAAUUGCACAGCCAAGGAAUGGAUUUCUCCUGAGCCUAAGUGGAAUGCCACAGUUGGAGUGUUCACUAACUUUCAUCUUGGCUUAGGCCACAUUCUUAUUAUAGUGCAAUGUUUUGUGUCUUCAUUGGCCAACAUUUAUAAUGAAAAGAUAUUGAAAGAGGGGAACCAGCUCACUGAAAGCAUCUUUGUGCAGAACAGCAAACUCUAUUUCUUUGGCGUUCUUUUUAACACACUGACCCUGGCCAUUCAAAGCAGUAACCGGGAUCAGAUUAAGAACUGUGGAUUUUUUUAUGGCCACAAUGCGUUUUCAGUAGCCCUUAUUUUUGUUACUGCAUUCCAGGGCCUCUCAGUGGCUUUCAUUCUGAAGUUCCUGGAUAACAUGUUCCAUGUCUUGAUGGCUCAGGUCACCACUGUCAUCAUCACCACAGUGUCUGUCCUGGUCUUUGACUUCAGGCCCUCUCUGGAAUUUUUCUUGGAAGCCCCAACAGUCCUUCUCUCCAUAUUUAUUUAUAAUGCCAGCAAGCCUCAGGGUCUGGAAUGUGCACCUAGACAAGAAAGGAUCCGAGAUCUAAGUGGCAGCCUUUGGGAGCGUUCCAGUGGGGAUGGAGAGGAACUGGAAAGACUUACCAAACCCAAGAGUGAUGAGUCAGAUGAAGAUACUUUCUAAUUGGUGCCAAAUAGUUGGCAUUUCUCACAAACCUUAUUUUCACAUUUCAGCAUUUCUGAUAUUUUACUUUUCACUUUGAAAAGCCAAGAACAUGUCUAUGAUGCAAUAUUAUUUGCAUGUGUACAACCACUUAAAAGCUAAAAAGUUAUAAGAAAUUAACACAGGAGUAAUAAUAUACAACUACAUGUAAUAGCCUGGUACUUGAUAAGUCGGCAGCAUAUAUUUGCACAUUUUCCUUGUCCUCAAGUGUUCCAAAAAACUUGUAACAAUCAUGUUAGUUUUAUCCUGUAAGUAGACAAUAGAGAUCAGUUUUUCAGAUAUUCAUGAUUGUCUAUGUCUAUCCUGGGUGCCUCAGUCUUCCCAUUUUUAUUAUAAAUAUCUAGGUUUUUCCUCAAAUGUGGAGGUCCUAAAGGUUGUCAUUUUGCAGUUCAAAAGCAAAGGGACUCUUCCUGAAAAUUUGGAUUAAAGAAAGUAAAAAUUCAGGUACCCCACAUGCUUGUGGUAAGGUCAUCUGUGGCCAAUUAUUCAGACUGUUUCAGAAUUUUAGUUUUUAGGCAUUCAUGGAAAUAUUUUUUAACUGUAUUUUGGUGUUUUUCUAAGUAAGUAAGCUUCAGUUUAGGUGCAAUUUAAUUCCCAAGUCACCAGAGUUACAGUUUGUAUUUUGAUUCAUGUAACUAAGCUAUGGUGGGCCACUUCUCUUUCUCAGCUUGUGUGUCACAAAACCUUGGCUUCAUACUUUUUGAUGAUCAGUCAUUGAAUUUAUGAUUGUUACAUGUGUUUCUUUCCUAUGCCAUUCCCAGGUGUCAAGCUGUAGUCCAGAGCGCUGGCUUUAAGAGUCAUACCAUAGUGUCAAUAAGAAUUAGGCCGAAGAGUUCCAUUUUAAAAGCACACUUUGCAAACAAAUGUUGUUUCUUACUGAAAUAUGAAUAGUAUUAAUUUCAAAAUAUAAAGGUCAGUAAUGAAAUUACUUAACUGUGAUAUUACACAAUUGUAGGUGCCGAGUAUUUUUCAGAGUUGGUUGUGUCAGCUUGUUAACACUAGUAGAUAGAGAAGGCAGAGGUGGAUAAAACUGAAAACAGGGUCCCUUAUUCAGGGUCACACGGGCGCAUGCUGAUGCAACAGCUAACUUUAGCUGACUUGUAUGUUCAGAGGACGGUACCAUAAAAUCUAAGCUACAAGGUGAUAUCCUGCUAGGGUAUACACUUCUCUUUCCCCUAAUUUUUUUUUGCAAAUUUAUAAAAGAUAAUGCUACACUGUAAUCCUCCUGUGAUGUGUACAGUAUUAAAACUAGCAAGCAUUGGUGGAAAUUUUAGUUAUUAAAUUUAAAUUUUAUGUUACCAUAUGACGCAUGAUGUGAAGUACGUUUACUUUCAGAAGUGGAGGUGAAUACUUAGCUUUAUGUUUAAGAUGUUGUCUAAGAUGCCACUAACCCACUUUGAGUAUCUAGGUUCAAGACCCAGGACUGGCUGUAGCUCCUGAUUUCCAUUUGCUGUUGAUGUUGACCCUGAGAACCAUUAGUGAUGGUUUAAGUGACUGAAUCCCUGUUACCCACAUGGGAGACUUGCAGUGAGUUUCUGACUCUUAGUUCCAAUACCAUUUCGGCCUCAACUAUUGUGGGUAUUUGUGAAAAGAACCAGCAAAUAGGAUAGAUGCUCAUUCUCUUUUUGUUACUCAAAUAGAUAAAUGUGUGUGCAUGUGUGUGUGUGUGUACAUGCAUAUGUAUGUAUGUAUAUCUGCACAUAAAUAUGUAUUUUAAUAGAAUAAAGCAAAAACCAAAACAACUUUUGAAACUUUCUGAGUAGAUUUUGACAUUUAAGAGUAAGAAGACUGUUCACCUUUAGAACAUGUGAACAGGAAGAUUAUUUGACUUAUGGCAGUCAUUUAAAAGGUGAGGAAAAAUUAUAGGAGUAAUUCCCUGUUGUCUAUCUUACUAAGUGUAUAGAUUACAAAAAUAUCUUUAGAAAAAUACUGCCAAAGAAUACAUUGAAAGUAGAUUCAAGUAAUACAUUGAAAUUGUUUUUCUUAUUUAAAAUUUUUUGCCAGCUUCUUUUUUGGAAAACAUUUUUGCCCAAACUCAAGUUUGCUUGUGUUGUCUUACCACUAAUGAAAGAGAGAGAGAAAUAAUAUAGUAAGAAAUGUAUGGAUGUCCUGGAACAUUGCAUGUGCAGAACUUUUUUGAGGAGUGUAACUUGAAGGUGAGAACAGUAGAAACCAUUUCCAAGGUGCUCUUGGAAUCAUGGGAUUGCAUACAUUAAGAGAGAAGAAUUACCAUGCAGAAAAAGAACUGCAGAACCAAACUACAGUAAGAGUUCUAAGGUGAAAGUUAUUCUUUGUUUAUAAAGAA